AUGGCGAGCGAAGUUAAGGCAAAGGUUGGCUUUCUCGGAGGAGGGAAUAUGGCGAAAGCCAUGGCCAAAGGCUUUAUAAAGUCAAAAACCGUUAAUCCAGCGAACAUCAUUGUGAGUGCUACCACGGAAAAAACUUUGUCGCUUUGGAAGGUAAUGUUAAUUAAGGCUUAGUGUCGAUCGGGGUCGUGGAAGUACGCUUUUGUUCUGGCACGUGGGAAACCCAAGAGAAAAGUAUUGCUGUCCAACCACCAUUUCCCACCGCAAAACAUUAGCCAGAAAGUCAAUUUUUAGGCAGCUGAGACAAAAGACUAAAAUAUUAUGGCUGCUGGAGUGUCGGCAAUAUAAUAAGGAUUGUGAGGAAAAAAAAAAAAAGAAAAAAACAUGUACACUGCAGAACUGCGAGGCAUGUGGUCCAGUGACUUUCCCAUUGAUGCAUAUAGUAUCUUCUCCACUAUUCAAACCACCAUGAAAUUGUAUUGUUAAGAGUUUAAAAUCUAAAUUGGCAGACCUUUAUUUGGCCCAUUUGCUUUAUGUCCUUUCAAUCUCUGGUAUUUUGGGGGUUUUAUCCCAUAAUUUUGGCAUGAUGGUCAUGUGACGAGCUGGAAGGGGCUGCGGCGGUGUGCGACAAACGCGGACUGUAGAAUUGCAGACUAGUAGCCAAGGUAAAUGAGGUAAGCAUUUUUGUGAAAUGCUCUGACAGGUUCCCUAUCCCCAUACUUUUAGUCAGAGUCUAGUUUCGCGAUAGGGAAUCUGUCAUCAGGCUGUUUUUGAUCCUUUACUUGUUCCCAGUCUCUGGCACAUUUCUUAAUUGGAAAAAGAAGUCUUUGGACAGCAUUUUUAGGGAGACACAUUUUUAAAAUUCAGACUUGUAAAUUUAACUUAUCUAAAAACCAAAAUCAGUUCAAAAAAAUCUGUACAAUAUACACUUAAAUUGCUUGUGUUUACCUCCUGUGAGCAGAAGAGACUCAUGGACACAAAACAGAGGCACAGAGAAACAGAAGGAUAGAAGGAACAGUAAUUCAUGGCAUAAUUUCCAUAGUAAUUAUCAACAAAUUCGUGAUUAGUGAACUAUAGCCAACAGCAUUUAGGAUUGUAGAGAGAAAAGUUGCCACCCCAAAAAUGGGCCAUUUUGUUCUACUUUAUAUUUCAGGAGAUGGGUUGUCAAACUACAUUAGUCAACAAGGAAGUUGUUGAACAUUCAGAUGUCAUUUUCAUAGCGGUGAAGCCCAAUUUAGUUAUACAAGUUGCUCAAGAGAUUGAAUCAUCUGUUGACCCAUCUAAACACCUUAUUGUUUCUAUAGCGGUUGCCAUUACCACAGAUGUUAUAGAAGCGGUGAGUAAUUUAAGUACCUUAAAAUUCCAGUUAAAAGCCCCCCCCCACUUAUAACCCCCCCUGGUUAUAGGCCUAUCUACUUGGAAACAAAAAAAGGCAUCUGGUUGUAAGGCCCCCCCUCCCCCUGGAUAUUAGCCUCCCUCUAGUUUUCCUUGCUUUCUUAAUAUUAAGUACUCUCGCAGAACCCUGUACUACUUCAAACACAACAUUAGGAAAAAUUGCGGAACAAUAACUUUAUUACUGACCAAGUGGGUGGGUAGGGAGUGGCAGGAAGUGCCAUCGUAAGAAGUUUCGAGAAAUGCAGAAUUUCUUUGGAUCUUAGUGGAUCAGAAAAUAAUGAAAUUAACAUCGAAGGGAUAAGUUUCAUCUUAAGAGUGAUGAUUCAGACAAUGACAUUUAUGAUUAUGAUGGCAAUGGGUUCGAAGCAGAAAGCCAGAUCACUCAGUAAACUAAGACGACGUCAAAUUUAAGUAACAGGAAACAUUUUCCGUGUUUGCAUAGCCUGAUAUAAACAGAAGAGGGGUUGGGAGAAUUCAAGACAGUUAUGCAUAAUAAUAAAACAGCCCUCUUUCUUUUGCUUUUAUAAAAUAACUUUCCCGAGAAAAAACACAAAACUCUCUUGUUUAGAGCAUUGAUUAAACAAGAAAUUCUUACCAGUUGCGAAGUCUUGUACACGAAGCUUCUACGCAUAAUCAGUCUUUGUUUUGCAAAAAAGAUGCUUUCCAAAAUUUGGGUUUUUCUCGGUUAAAAUGUCAGCUCAAGCGAAAAAAAAUUGACACAGCAUGUUUCUAAAGAGUUUUCAAGUUUCAGCUGACGAGGAAAUGGGUAAAUAAAGUAAACUUGUCGGGUUUUUGAACUCAAAACCUUUUUCGAAUUUGUGCUUGCAUGAUAAGCACGCGAAAGCAAAACAUCUUGAUGUCACAACCAUGUUUACAUACUCUCAUGCAAACACACCUCUCAGCCAAUCAGAGUGCGCAUACUAUCCUAGUUAUUUUACAAUUUAGUUUUAAUAAUAGACAAAUGCAAAUAUACCACUAUUUACUUUUUAACACGCACUCAUUUAGUGAGUUUGGGAUGCCUGUGGGUUUUCAUAUGUUUGAAAAAUCCUCGAUGAUCAUGGAUUUUACUUUACCCAACCAUCCCGACUUUUGCUGGUCUGCUGGGAAAAACUUAGAGUCUUGUUCCAGAUGCAAUUUUAAUUUGUGAUGGGGGAAACUUGGACUGAUUAAGCAAUCAGGGGAUUAGCGGAAACCUGGUUCUCAUAUCCUUCUGACCUCCUCUUGACACAUAGAUUGGUAAUGCCUGAUGGUGUUCCUAGUUUUUUGAACAGAAGGUGCUUGCAUGCCUGUGAUAGUGAUGCAAGUUCAACUUUGCAGGUGUGCUGGUAAUGAAGACCUGUGGUGGCUCUUUUUUACCUGCGGCAAAUAAACCCACAUGUAGUAUUCCCACCAGUACCAGCAGCACAUGAGAAUCGGGCUUAGAACAACUGCCAAUUAACCAAUUGCUGUCAUUUAAGUCAUUUAAUUGCUGAACUGACACAGUCUGGAAAUGGCUACACCUGUAAAUCCUUAAUUUUUCUGGACUUUUCGUGACAUUUAAUAACCGGGCUUUGAGCACGGGUAUUUACAUGUGCUGUGCAUUCUUUUUGUUUUGGUUUACACUGUUGUAGCACUUGCCACGCAGUCGAGUCAUAAGAUGUCUGCCAAAUCUAGCUUGUGAGGUUCAAUGCGGGAUAUUUGCCUAUUGUAGAGGGAAACAUGUCCAGGAGAAAGAUGUUGAGUUAAUACAUAAGCUUCUUGGAACCUCUGGUAGGUUAACUGUCAGUAAAUAUGAACAUGGGUCUUGUGCAGCUUGCUGGAGAGCAAGAAACACAUUGGGAAAGGCACAUGAAGAACUUAGCCCCACCCCUAAAAAAAGUUAAUGAGCAGGAUUAAUGAUAAUUAAUCUAAUUAUUGUUUAAUAAUGGUAAUAGGACUGGGGGGAGUCCAAUUCGGUCUGUAAUGGUACCAGUGCAAUUAUUUUGUUUAAUCACAAGUAUGAUUACAGACUGAAUUGGACGACACUAAGUCCUGUUACCAAUUAAUCAUAACAAAAUUUGUGAUAUUUAGGUUAUUUUUAAAAUUAAAAUAAUUCCUAGAGUUUUAUUUUUUAAAUUUUUUUUUGCAUCACUGAUUUACAUGAUAUACAUAUAAAGCAUAUAGAUACAUAAUUACAUUGCUACUAUACAGUAAUUACUUAACAGUCCAGAUAUGUAAUACAUGGUAGCCAAAGUAACUUAAGUAGUUCUUGCAUACUCACGUAAACAGGCAGACACACGCAUUACGCACGAUUACUGAUUAUCCGCCCAGAAACUUCCUGAAAGAGCCUCUAGAGAGUUAGCACGAUUGCUAUUCUCUGUACAUCUCGACAAAGGAAAUAAAGACUAAAGAACAUUUUCCCAGAUAAACGCUCCCCAGUUUGCAUUGAAUUUUCUGAAAAUCCCAGUUUUAAUUCAUAACCAAGACAAUUUAGAAUGGUUCGAAACAAGAGCUCCCAUGAAGGGUUAAGGCCAUUUUGUUUGUAGAAAUAGAUGUGAUACCUUGUAGUAUUUGUAGUAUUGUUCACGAGGCCUAUGCAAGACAAAAAGGAGAAUUCUUCGCUAAGAAAGCAAGAGCUUUUUUUAUUUUUGCUGGCAGUGAAAAAAAGCCAUUUAAGUGUGCACGUGGGAUGGUACAUACUAUCCAAUUACUUUGGCAUGAUGUGUACUGUCCUAAGACACUUGAUAGCCAAUCAGAUUUGAGAAUUUUGUUAUAGUUAUGAUUGAUUAAUUAAUUACACCAAUGAUUAAGUGCUAACUUUCUUCAAUUAUUAAUUAAUAGUAAUAGUAAAGGUUGCAAUAAUUUCACUUUGUCAGAAAAAAAGCUUUCAAUCCACAUUAAUUUAUUAGGAAUUUUAACAAUUUGUCUUACAGUACUUCUUUAAUUCAAAAAACUUCACUGAACACAAUUCACUAGCCUAAUGGCAAAAUUCACCAUCUUUGGGCCAUUGGACACCAUUGACUUUCUUUGCAUGGCCUGCAGUUAACAGAUGAGUGUAAGUGCUGAAAUUUCUCCAUACAAAUGAAGCAAACAACAGCAAACGUUUUCAAACACCCAGUUAAUAAAAUUAAAAUACAUUGCAUAAACUAGCAAACCCUAGACAACAUAGAAAGAAAGGUCCUUCCAUAAUUUUGUUCAACCCUUAUUAUAAUGAUGUAAAAGUAUGGUGGUCAGAUUAAUUAAAACUCGAUCAUCAUUAUUCAUUCAAAAUAUUUCUCCGUUUCUGAUUGGCUAAAAGCACACGCAUAAUUCACCCCAUAACCAGCUAUACUGUUGACCAAAUUUGGAAGAAUUUUGCGAUUAAUCAACGGAUGAGAUCAAAAGUGCAGCACAGUUGCAGGUUAAUGCACUGUUAAGCAAGAAGACCUGGGGACGAGGUUGAGUUGUUUUGGUUGUGAAAAGAAAAAUGGCCGAACAGUCGGUGGAACAUUUUACUCGUUUCAUGAUGGGCUACUGUCUUAAAACAUAGCAGGAAGACAACUCAACGGACAACAUCUGCUAUUUGGAGUAUAUUUGCAGACCUGAGCAGCCCUUUAUCUGCUAAACAUGCACUAUCGAGAUGAAGAUAACAUCGACGAAGGUAAGCAUGGUUUAGCUUGUUUUUAAGCUAGGAAUUAUUUUGAAAGAGUAAUAAAGCGAUUAAUGAAUUCGGCUUUUGUAGGCUAUAAAGAAUUAUGCAGAUCUUGGAGAGUAUUAUCCACCAAGGCCAAUAACACCCUCCUCGGUCUGCACAAUUCUUCAUAUCCUACUCAGCCUCAUUCAUUAAUUGCUAAAUAUUUUUUGGCCUCCUAUUAAAUUAGGUCUGUGCACAGAGGUAAAAGAAUCUUACUCGAAUGCCCUCUUAUCAGUUAGUGGAUGUGGGCUUGGCUUUGUGGGUCUUGUCAUGGAAGCAAUGAGCGAUGGUGGUGUCAGGACAGGUUUACCAAGGGCUCUGUCAACUGAAUUAGUAACUCAAACACUGAUCGGAGCAGCUCGGCUAGUCCAAGAAACAGGAAAACACCCUGCACAGGUAGUAAAAAGUUCCAUUGGUUUAAAUUACAAAAUAAUAGAGUACAUUACAUGGCCGCGUGGAGAUACGAAAUUUCUCUUCGAGUGUUGAAAAAUAUUUCACAAGUGAGUGCAGCAAACGAGUGAAAUAUUUUUUCAACACAAGAAGAGAAAUUUCGUAUCUCCAAGCAGCCGUGUAAUGUUCUAUUUUUUUAUUAUAUAAACACAAAUGAAGUACCAAACCAUUUCACUUUAAUAGUUUUUUGGUGUGAAAGGUGCGAUUUAUUAUGUAGCCAUAUCAACAGUGAUAUUUUCACUUGUGAAGAUAACAUGUUAUUUUCACAUGUGAAGAUAUCAAGUUUUCACACGAAAGCUCACCUGGUAUUUCAUUGGUGUUUAUAUAAUAAAGACUUAUAAUACAUGUAGGCCAUUUGCAUGAUGACAUCAUUUUGAUGCUUCUACCAAAAUGUUGCCUGUAGAAAAAGAGUCACAUUAACCUCCACUACAGUUAUCGUUUUGAAUGUAGUGCAUGGUUAAUGCUGCUUUGUGUGUUUAAAUAUGUAUAUUGUGAGAGGAAGGUCAGUGGAGGGCAGGCUGUCAUGAAGAGCGGUGGACCGGGAAUUUUCCCCGGCUACUAUGAGUGUGGCCCCCGGCUACUUUUAUUGGAAAAUACAGUCAAACCUCUUUAAUACGGACACCAAAGGGACAAAACCAAGUGUCCGCUUUACAGAGGUGUCCGUAUUAUAGAGGUAGGGAAUAUAUGGUUUUCGGCAUUGCUAGGACCAAACGAACUGUCCGUAAUAGAGAGGUGUCCAUAUUAUAGAGGUGUCCGUAAGGAGAGGUUAGACUGUAGAAGAAAAAUAGAACCAAAAGAAAUCUCUAGCGGUUUGAUUCCCUAUACAGUCUAACCUCUCCUUACGGACACCUCUAUAAUACGGACACCUUUCUAUUAUGGACAGUUCGUUUGGACCUAGAAAUGCCGAAAACCAUAUAUUCCCUACCUCUAUAAUACGGACACCUCUGUAAAGCGGACACUUGGCUCUGUCCCUUUGGUGUCCGUAUUAAAGAGGUUUGACUGUAUACUUGUUGUAUUUACCCAGCAACAUAAAAUCUUAGUGACAAACCUGGUGUAGGGGGUGUAUAGGUUAUGCUAAGGGGAAAGGGGUAAGUUUUUCUCAGCCUAGGGUACAUGUCACUCUAAUUCCUGCCUCUCUCCCUUUUGCUUUUGGCCUUUUUUCCAUCAAAAAUCUUGCACAUCGUUGCAAAUUUAAGCCAUUUCUUUAUUGUUUGAAUCCUGGUGACGGCAAAGAAAUGUACAAAAAAGCGUGAUGCACGUGCAAAGUUGUUGUUUUGCUAAUCUAACCUAUUGCCUUUUUGCCGUUUUCCUUGUCAUCGCCAUCAUGAGUCCAGCUCAUUUGUGUGAUCAUCGUAGUAGCUCCCUCUCCAUUUCUACAUAACAAAUUUAGGCUUCGUCCACACGAAUCCGGCUAUUUUUGAAACCGCAUACUUUUUUUUACACGAAUCGGCCUUUCAUCCGCACGAAAUCAGUGAAUCCGGUUACCAAAACCGCAUUGUUUUGAAACCGCUCUCCAGUGCUGUUUAAGGCCUCGUCCACACGAAUCCCGAUAAAAAAAUGUGCAGCUUAAAAAAUGUCCGGUUUCGUGUGGACUUGGCCUUAGCUUGAUAGAGAGGCCCAGACGGCCGGAGAACACGCACGUUUUGUCCCCUUUUCUAUAAAACUUUAAAGUUUUAAAAACUUUAAUAGGGAACUUAAGCAAAGACGAGGGCGACGGCGACGACAAGGAGAACUGCAAAAAAGUAAUAGGUUUAGAUUGGCAAAACAACAGCUUUACACGUGCAUCACGCUUUUUUGUACCUUUGCUAGCCGUCGUUGCACGACUACAACUGGAAAGUGCCUAAUUUCACGUUUUGUCGAGGACUGGAACACAAGACAACAACUUUCUUUUUCUUUUCCUGAACUUUGGCACAGUCCUUUAGAAUUCAAGUUCAAAAAAUUGCAAACAUUUGACCAAAAAGUUCGAGCCCGAGCGAAUUCACUUUUUAAGUGACGUUCUUGUACCCGUCGUCGUCGUCGUCGUUUUUUAAGCUCCUUAUUAUCACACAGGUAAAAGCAUUCCAGUUUUAACAAGAAAUAAAAGAAGUACAACAGUUAAAAAUUAAAACGUUAAAGAGUGCUUAAAAUACAGUCCAUUUAUACUUGCUUUGAAACGUCCUGGGUAGGCAGGAUGCUUAUCUUCCAGUAGACUGAAGUUGAACUUAAGCACUCGGAAAAAUCGUAGAUCUGUUUUUGGAAGAAUUUGUAAGUAGCGUUUUUUUUUUUUACGCGAUUCGCUUUUUUGUUCAGUUUGUUUUUUUUUUCUUUGUUUGCUGUUUCUCUCCUUCCUUCUUUCCUGUGUUUUGCUCGGGUUAUUGCAGUUAAAAGAUAAAGUUCUUUCUUUCCUGUAUUUUUGUUCUCGGUAUUGCAGUUAAAAGAUGAAGUCUGUUCUCCAGGAGGCACAACAAUCGCGGGAAUACAGGUGCUGGAGAGAUCAGGGUUAAGAAGUGCGCUUAUUGAUGCUGUGGAUGCUGCAACGAAGCGAGCUGUGGAGAUUGCAGAUGCACAAAAAGCAAAAGAAAAAUAAUGGGGAUAAGUGCAAUGGAACUUUAAAAUUGUCAGUGACUAUGUGUAGUGUUUUUUUAUUUGUUUCAUCAAAUGUUCAAAUUAAAAAACAGCAGUCUUAGAUAGCAUUAAUGAUCAUUUCAAAUCCAAAGAGAGGGGCGGAUCCAGGAAUUUGUUAUUGGGGGGUCCAAACUUUGGUUCAGAAAGGACUGUUGAACUUUUUU